AUGGAAACAAUAUUUACUCUCUUCCAUAUGGUAAUGGCCAUCAUCAAUUCAUAUACUGCAGAAGAAACUACUUGCAGCCUGCUUGGAGAGCCUGUAUACCCGCAGAUAUGGAAGGAUGGUGAUAUUGUAAUUGGAGGAAUUUUCCCUUUCCAUUUUAAAUGGGAAUUUACAGACUCUACCUAUUCGGUUAUGCCACCUAUGGUGAAGUGCAUGAGUUUGGAAUUCAGAUCCUUCCAGUAUUCACAGACCGUGAUAUAUGCAGUAGAGGAAAUCAACAACAGUUCAUCUCUACUGCCUGGAGUCUUGCUGGGCUACAAAAUCUUUGAUACCUGUGGUUCCACAACAGAGGGUGUGAAAGCAGCAAUGACGCUUGUGAAUGGAAAUGAGAACUCAGUUUCUGAUCAGAUCUGCACAAAGCCUGCACAGGUUCAAGCUAUAAUAGGAGAAACAUAUUCAUCAGUGUCCAUGGCUAUAUCAAAAAGUAUUGGACCUUUCAGCAUGCCUUUAAUCAGUUACUUUGCUACCUGUGAGUGUCUCAGUGACAAAAGGAAAUAUCCCUCAUUUCUGCGCACUAUUCCCAGUGAUUAUUACCAGACUUUAGCACUUGCAGAGAUGCUCAAACAUUUUGGAUGGACCUGGGUGGGAGCAAUAAGGAGAGAUGAUGAUUAUGGUAACAGCGGAAUGGCUGCAUUUACCAAAAUUGCAGAACAACUGGGCAUAUGUUUAGAAUACUCCCUUCCAUUUUAUAGAACAUAUUCAAAAGAAAGAGUCUUGAGAAUUAUUGAGCAAAUUAAAAGCUCUACUUCCCGUGUGAUAGUAGGAUUUGUCACUCAAUGGGACUUUGAAGUUUUGCUGCCUGUGCUUUCUGAAUACAACAUCACUGGAUAUCAGUGGGUGGGAACAGAGGCCUGGAUAGCUGAUCCAGUUGUCGCCAAACUAGAUGAGCACAAAAUACUGCAUGGCGCUAUAGGGCUAACCGUUCCCCAAACAAAGGUUACAGGUCUGGAGGACUUCAUUCUCAAUAUAAAACCACUGAAAUCAGUCAGCAGUACCAUUUAUAAUGAAUUCUGGGAAGCUUUGUUUACAUGCAAAUUUGCAGUGCAGAAUGAUUCAGCUGACUCAACUGUAUGUACAGGUGAAGAGGAACUCUCUGAGAUAGAAAAUACAUUCACGGAUAUGUCUUUUAUGCCUAUUUUCAAUAAUAUAUAUAAAGCAGUCUAUGCCAUAGCCUAUACUUUACACAGUCUUCUAGGCUGCAAACAAACAUGUCCCUCAAAGAAGCAGUCGGAUCUGUUCACAUUUCUAGAACAACUGAAAAAGGUGCGAUUCAAGACCAAAGAAGGUGAGGAAGUUUAUUUUGAUGAAAAUGGUGAUCCUCCAGCAAAAUAUGAAAUAAUAAACAGACAAACGACUAAAGAUCAGUACAAAUUUGUCACAGUUGGAUUUUAUGACUCCUCUCUUUCUGUUCAUGAUCGACUAGCAGUAAACAUGCCCUCCAUUGUGUGGGCAAACAAUUCAAAACAGGUUCCUAAAUCUGUAUGUAGUGAGAGCUGUCCUCCUGGUACAAGGAAAGCUGUACAGAAAGGAAAACCCAUCUGCUGUUUUGACUGCAUAACAUGUGCUGCUGGAGAAAUCAGUAAUAUGACAGAUUCCAUUAAAUGUGAACAAUGUCAGCAAGAUUACUGGUCAAAUGCAGACAAGACUACAUGUGUAAAGAAGGAAAUUGAAUAUUUGUCCUAUGAGGAAACAAUGGGAAUUUUGCUAACAGUUGUUUCUAUUGUUGGUUCUUUUAUGACAAUAAUAAUAUCAAUCAUAUUCUUUAAAUAUAAAGAUACACCAAUAGUCAAAGCCAACAACUCUGAGCUGAGCUUCCUGUUGCUCUUCUCUCUAAGUCUGUGUUUCCUCUGUUCACUAACAUUCAUCGGAAGGCCAUCUGAGUGGUCCUGUAUGCUGCGGCACACAGCGUUUGGGAUCACCUUCGUCCUCUGUAUCUCCUGUGUUCUGGGGAAAACCAUAGUAGUGUUAAUGGCCUUCAGGGCUACACUUCCAGGCAGUAAUGUCAUGAAAUGGUUUGGGCCUCUACAGCAGAGACUCAGUGUACUUGCCUUCACUCUCAUACAGGUUCUUAUUUGUGUUCUUUGGUUGACCAUAUCCCCUCCUUUCCCCUUUAAAAAUCUAAUGCACUAUAAGGAAAAGAUCAUUCUUGAAUGCAGUUUGGGCUCAGCUAUAGGUUUCUGGGCUGUGCUGGGUUACAUUGGAUUUCUUGCUUUCUUGUGCUUUGUUUUAGCUUUUCUGGCUAGGAAGCUUCCAGAUAAUUUUAACGAAGCCAAAUUCAUCACAUUUAGCAUGUUAAUGUUUUGUGCAGUUUGGAUCACUUUUAUUCCAGCUUAUGUCAGCUCUCCUGGAAAAUUCACUGUAGCUGUAGAGAUAUUUGCUAUUUUAGCAUCAAGCUUUGGUUUAUUAUUCUGUAUCUUUCUUCCAAAGUGCUACAUAAUCAUCAUGAAGCCAGAGAGAAACACUAAAAAGCAAAUUAUGGGAAAAGUUCAAUGA